AUGAAGAGCAUGUUAUUGCAGUUAAUGGUGCUUGUGGGAGUCACUGGUUUAAGUUAUGGUGCCACUCAGAGACCUGACUAUGAUGACACAUCAACCCCGGAGUUCCUCAACCCCUCCUGGAUGGCUAAAAUCCCUGAUGAUCAGCCGCUGUCUGAGGUCACCAUGCCCGGGACCCACAACACCAUGGCCCUGUACGGCGGCAUCUAUGCUGAGUGCCAGUCCUGGAGCCUGGCGUCCCAGCUCCGUUCCGGUGUCCGCUUCCUGGACAUCCGUGUGCGUCACGUCAAGGGGAACCUCACUAUCCACCAUGGGGUGUCCUACCAGCGGGCUCACUUUGGCCAAGUCCUGGAGGGUGUGGUGAACUUCCUGCGCGAGUAUCCAACGGAGACUGUGCUGAUGCGUCUCAGGGAGGAGUUCAGUGAGACCUAUGACAUCUACGGUGCCGUGGUAGACUACAUCCACCGCUACGCCAAUUGGGACCUGCUGUGGCACAGUCGACUGGUGCCCACCAUGGGAGAGGCCCGAGGGAAACUCAUCAUCAUGCAAGAGUUUUCUGGGCCAGACUUGGGGAUGCGCUAUGGCUCCCUGGACAUAGCCGACGACUGGAGGGUUCCCACGCUUCUGCACCUGGAGCAGAAAUGGCAGAGUGUGUAUGACCACCUGGAGGCCGCACCGACUGGAAACAAGGACCAGAUCUUUCUCACCUACAGCAGUGGAGCCGGUGUGUUCGCGUACCCCAGAGCCGUGGCUCAGCGCAUCAACACACAACUGUACAACUACCUGAAGGCCAAAACAGACCUGAACCAGCGUUUUGGAAUCAUAUGCAUGGACUUCCCCUCUGCUCCUAUUAUUCAAAUGAUCAUUGACUUCCAGCUAAAAGACGAGACAAAGAGAGAACAGGUUCCUAGAUUUGCAUGUGAGCCAGGAUCAAUGUGA